AUGGUAUCAGGUGUGCACUUCCUGGAUCUUUUCCAGAGAACUUUACUUUCAAAACAAAAUGUUGACUACUCUAUGGGAAACAAAUGUUUCAGAGAUUUGAAGAAGAAGCUAACUAUCUCAUAUCCAUGUGUUAUAUUGAAUGUUGAUGUAGCAGAAAACAAUACAAAUGAUCGGUACCAGACCCUGACAGAUCCUUUGACCAAAUCUUAUACAACACUUAGUGAAUGCUCAAUUGAAUUUGAAGUGGAUGGACCAUACAAGGCAAUGAUUAUUCCAGCUUCAAAAGAAGAGGGAAUUUUGAUUAAGAAGCGAUAUGCAGUUUUCAACGAUGAUGGGACCCUUGCUGAACUUAAAGAUUUUGAAAUUAAGCGUAGAGGUGAGCUGAAGCUCAUCAAAGUUUUCCAGGCUGAGCUUUUCGACAAGUUUCUCAAUGGCUCAACCUUAGUGGAAUGCUAUUCAGCUGUUGCUUCUGUUGCCAACCGCUGGCUUGAUCUUCUUGAUAAUCAAGGAAAGGAUAUUGCGGACAGUGAGUUGCUUGAUUAUAUAUCUGAAUCAAGUACCAUGAGUAAGUCUCUAGCAGACUACCAAAGUCAUCAUCGACAUUCACAAUAAGUUCAGUCAGAGAAAAGGAGGCUCUCAUACAAUGAUCCCAAAGUGAAGAAUAGGAAGAAUGUCAAGAAAAAUGACAUUAUUGAGUUUUCAAUGACCUAAAAAUAAUGUAUAGAUAUUUUUUUUAUGAAAUGUGCUUCUUAAUAAGCAAUGAAUAUUGUAUAAUAUAUGUUUGUUUA